UCCAAAUAUGAAACUUGCAUGCAAAGCAAUGAUCUCAAAAACCCUUCAAAAACCAAAACCCUUAAACACAUCUAACCCAAACCUUCUCAAAUCCUCCCACCAUAUUUUAGUUUGAAAAUGGAUACCUUGAUCAAGCAGACAAGGAGGAAGCAUCCAGCUUCCCAGGAAAAAAUUAGAGAGGUUGGUAGCUCAACUAGAGAGACAAAAGUGCCGGCAAGGAAGUCUGUUUCAUUCAAAGAAGAUAAGAAGAAGUCCUCAAACUGGUUACAAAAGCAGUUCUCGAGGCAAAUGAGCGGCCAAAGUUAUGACCCGAUCGGCGAAAUGGAUCAUGCAGCUGCAGUUGCAGCCACUGCUUAUGCCAUAGCCACUUUUGAAGAAACUUGGCUAGAGAAUUAUCAUAGUGGCCUUGAACUUGGACCUUCUUCGUCAAGGAGCAAGAACAGAAGUGAAGAACGGUUGCCUUUAGAGGAACCAAGAAGCUUAUCAAGAAGACUCUCAGGACAACUUUCGUUUAUAGACUCAGAGACGAAAGAUCAUAAACAACCUACACUAAAGUCCCCAGUGAGAAAGUCAUCGUCGGUUAAAAAGACUUUCUCCAUGAACUUGAGAGGAGAUCACACCAAACAGAGUAAAGAGUCAGAGGAGAAACAUGAAAGACAAAGAAAACCAGUUUCUGAACCGCAACGGAUACAACCACCGCUCAGGACACGAUCAGAACGUCAUGCUCCACCGCCACCUCCUCCUCCUCCUCUAUCACCUUCGCCUCUGCGGCUUCCACCUAGGGAAACCAAAAGGCAGAGUUCUGUGCACACUAGUCGAAAGGAUGAUUCUACAGCUAAUACUUGGGAAAAUGCUCAACUAGCUAAGAUCAAAGCAAGGUAUGAGAAGUUAAACAGAAAGAUCGAUUUGUGGGAAGCGAAGAAGAGGGAAAAAGCUCGAAGGAAGCUGGACAUGUCUGAGCAGAGCGAACUAGAACAGAGAAGGAAGAGAGGUUUGCAGAGAUUUAGAGAAGACACGGAAUACAUUGAACAGAUUGCUGCUGGAGCCAGAGCUCAGGCGGAGAAAGACAGACAGAGCAAAGAGUUCAAGGUGAAGGAGAAGGCCGGUGUAAUCCGGAGUACCGGUAAACUCCCUGGAAAAGCAUGCUGUUUCUGACACUAAAAAACAGAUGAUAUUAGAUAACUGCAGUUAUAUAUAUGUAUGUAUGUGUGUGCGUGAGAGAUGAUAUUGGUUUCAGUAAAAGAAAGAAGAUCUUGAAAGCCAAAAGUGUAUGUUAUAGAGAGCUCUCAAAGAUACUUUCUUAAAACAAAAACAACACAACACUCAAAAGACAAUUGUACUUCCUUUCCUUCUCUGUCUCUACUUUUUGGAAUGGUUUCUCAUCCA